AUGAUGGAAGAAACAUCAUCUGAUGAACAACCAGAAAUAGUUACACGAGAAGAAGUAGAAGAAGCUGAAAAAGAGGCCACCAAAUCUAGUGCUGUAAGUAAAUCUAGUGGUUUUAGUAAUUUACCAUCACCAUCACCAUUACCAUCUAUCAUGACUUCGCCAACAUCAAAGAUUCCAUCAAGUGGAGUUAGCUCCCCUCCAACUAUUUCUACACCAACAGUUAGUGGAGUUCUCUCCCAUGCACCAAAUGUAUUAAAGACUGAACCAGCCUCAAUACAGAGUCCACAUGUACCUAGAAGUGAACCAACACAACCUGUGCCAGCCAGUGGUUCUUCAUCUCAAGCACAAGCUAGUGGUGGACUCCUAGGAUGGAUAUCUGGUAAUAGUCUGGUCUCUAAGGUUGUUGAAAAAACAAAGUAUUAUUUUGGUAAAAUUGAAAAAAAUAAGUAUUAUUUUGGUAAAAUUUAA